AAGUGUAGGCUGAUAGAGAAAAUUCGGUUUAAAAGCAUGUCAACGACUGGAGCUGGAGAACUUCUGGAUGGCGAUGGUCCUGAUAGGAAAAAAAUUAAACCAAAUGAGUGUAUCAGGGAGGGCAUACUUCUGGGAUAUGGAAAUCCUCUGUUAGACAUAUCUUGUAAUGGAACUCAAGAAUUUCUUGACAAGUAUGGCCUGGAGAGAGAUAAUGCAAUCCUCGCAGAAGAAAAGCAUAAGCCCAUGUACAAAGAUAUGGUUGACACUUUUGGGGACCACGUAGAGUAUGUUCCUGGUGGGGCCACCCUUAAUGCAAUCAAGGUAGCACAGUGGCUAUCAGGAGUCCCCCAGGCCACCACAUUCUUCGGGUGUAUCAACAAGGAUGAGUUUGGUCAGAUCCUGGAGAACAAAGCUAGAGAGGCGGGGGUCAACACACAGUUCCAGUACACUGACAAGGAGCCUACAGGAACGUGUGCUGUCAUUUGCACUGGAAACUUCAGAUCUAUGUGUGCCAAUUUAGCAGCAGCCAACUGUUUUACAGAGGAACAUCUGGAGACACCAGCACACUGGAAACUUGUAGAAAAGGCCCAAUAUUAUUACCUUGCUGCAUUUCCCCUUACUGUUAGUCCCCCCACUGUUAUGAGAAUCGGUAAACACGCCCAGGAGUCUGGUAAAGUGUUCUGUAUGAACCUGUCUGCACCAUUCCUUUGUCAGUUCUUCAAAGAACCCAUGCUCAAAGCCAUGCCAUUUGUAGAUGUUCUGUUUGGAAAUGAAACGGAAGCAGAGACCUUUGCCAAAGAGAACAACUUUGGGACCACCGAUAUUGCCCAGAUUGCACUAAAGCUAGCCGCUCUACCAAAGGAGGACAACAAACCCAGGACCGUGGUCAUCACUCAGGGAUCCAAUCCUACUGUUGUAGCUAAAGAUGGUAAAACAACAGAGUACCCUGUCAUUCCUAUUGCUGACAAGGAUAUAGUAGAUACUAAUGGAGCUGGGGAUGCCUUUGUUGGAGGUUUCUUAGCCCAGCUUAUUAAAGGCAAGCCUAUAGAGGAAUGCAUUCGAUGUGCAAACUAUGCAGCUAACCUUAUUAUUCAACGAUCAGGAUGCACCUACCCAGAGAAACCCGAUUUCCACUGAGAGCUGUACCGCAGUGGAGAAGAGUAUUAAGGGUAAUGCAUGGGCAUGUCCAAGAGGUUGUGCAAA